AUGAUUCAUCAAGUCAAAAUCAAGUCCUUGCCACAAGAGUGGCUUUGGUGUGAAACAUGGUGUGAUGAUUCCAGUAAAAAGGAGGCGAAGACAAUCGACCUUUGCAACAAUCCUUUAACGAAGGAACCUAAGUUGGAUUCCGCUAUCCGUAUUAUUCCAGAAUGGAAACAUUAUGAUACUGAAAUAAGGGGUGUAUUGGAAGGCAAGCAAGAGAUUAAAAUACUGAAUCUUCAUAACCACAGAGAAUUGUAG